CAAGCCCCUCUUCUUCCUGGGCUUCCUCCUCUUCGUCUUCCAUUCUUCAGAUGCCCAGACCAUCAUCGACUCCUCCUUCUCUAUUAAUUCUUCACCCCCCACAACCAAGCAGACAGCUCAAUUCUCGCCCUCUUUGCCUCCUAGAGGGCGUAGUGAUGUGCCCAUCAGACCUACAAUUCGUGACAGACUGACAAAUACAGUGCAACAAGGGAAAAGAAAAACCCGUCCUACUCCACAGGCUGCUCCUUCUUUUAUAUCUGCUCUUCCUACACAGAAUCUCAGCAGUGGGCCAAUUUUAACUCAACCGACUGCCUCCAGGCCAAGGACCGACACGGCUAGUUUAGCAUUCAGCAGGGCCUUUGCAAAGGGAGACACUACUACAAAAGGCUCAACUCCACCUCAGCCAACGUUGCCCUCUUCUGUUGUUGCAGAACCUGCUAGCAGUAAGCCAGUUACAGCAAAAAACACAGUGGUGGGCUCAGUUAAAACGACAGAGGAUGCUGAUUCACAGGGGUUAGGAUCAGGUAGUGUGCCAGUAGUGAUGCUUGUGAAUGGGGAUUCACCUGUUCCUCUUCCAACGGUUGGUGAUGAAAUGGCACAGUAUCGGCCUCAGGCACAGACUAGCAUUUUGGAUGUAAAGACGCCACCACAGGGCAGUCACGUGGAGAAGCCCCACCAUUCUGUGCUGCCAGUAGCUAAUAACAUCUCUAUGACGCCACAAACGCAGACCAGAGCAACUGUGUCCCAUGUGGUCACACAGGCAACGCCUCGGAUUGUAUUAACAGGUGAACUGAAUGCAAACACUUCUUCCACCGACAGAGUUACUCCAAAGCAGGGCUCCACUGCCGUGACAAUACCCCAAACCAUAACUGCCACCAUUGGGCCUACUCAUAAACAACCACAGGCAGCUGGUCGAAGCCAGAACACUUCACUUUCAAAAACCAUUAUGGAGCAAGUGGCCACGUCUGUUUAUAGUCUGCUUACUACUACACAGGAGGUUGUGAGAAUCUCCUCUACAACUACACAUAAACCCAACAAAACGGCACAACUAGGAAGGAAUACAGCCAGCACAACUACAUCAAGAACAGGGACCUCUUCAUUCCUCACCACUGGUGUUGUACCAGCCAACCGAACGAGGUAUGGCCCCACGUAUCAGACUGGUAUUGGUCAGAGAAACCGUUCCAUUCUCCUGGGACAUCCUCAUCAAGCUCCCUACUCCACUUCUAAUCCAGCCCCAUCUCCCAGCAUCAAUUCCUCCCCUAAUGGCACACUUCUCGACUGGGGUGACCUGAGCCACACAUUGGCUUUUGCCUGGGAGCUGCAUGUCUAUGGCUCAGCAAGUCUCUUCCUCCUACUGUUUGCCGGAGCUGCUCUUGGCCUCACACUGUCUCCCAACACAAACUGUCCUCAUCGGGGUGCUCUUACACUCGCCAAUGGUCUGCUGUUACUGUCCGGAGGCCUUAGGGCAGCUUUCUUUCUAAUCGACCCCUAUGGCACACGGAAAUUCCUCCCUCGUCCGGCAGUUACAGCCCUCUACAACUUGCCUCUACACCUGCUGGUGUGGACACAGGCAGCCCUUGCACUGCUGGCCUUAAGGGUGGCAGAAGUAUGUGUGCUGCCUCCGACCAUGGAGCGUCCCCCUUUGGUGGCUGUGCUGGCUGUGUUGCAGUGCACUCUGCUGCUGGCAGCGGAUCUGCUUUCCCCAGCCCUGUCCGCUGUGGUACCCGUCACCCUGCAGGUUCUGUCCCUGUGCUGGGGCCUGGCUCUCUGUCUGGGCUUCCUUUGCCAUGUCUUUCCACGUAUACGCUACCCGCCCAUCCCCAACCCCGAUGCUCCUGAAGAGGCCAGGAGAAAGGCUUGGACUGGGAGCAGGAGGACAGGUGUGAUUCUGGGGAGAGUACUGGCAGUGUGUGCAGUUCUGGGAGCACUGUGCUGUGGACUGCAUAUUCAUGCUACUUUAUGGCUUUAUGGACUGCUAGGGGACUGGACGCACUUCAACUGGGGAUGGUGGCUGGUUCACUUCUGGGCCAGACUCCUGGAGCUGGCCUGGGGGUUUUUCCUCCUACUCCUGGGUUCAUGGGUGUUCUGGAGGCCUCAAGGUUGCCAGGGAAGGGAAGAGGGUGGACCAGAUGGCAGAGCAAUGGGAGCCCUGCCAUCCCCUGGUCAAUCUGUAGGUUCCACUCAAAGACAUACCUGCUGGUCCAAGAUAGUGCAGAGCCUGAGGGGGAAGCCCUGUAAAAAGUCUGACAGCAAUGGGGUGGGAGGAGGAGGAGGACCAGGAGAGGUUCCCAACAACUGGGCUGGCCAGGACCGUCCUGGAGCUGACAUCAGUAAAAGUCUGAUCAGGAACCAGAACCAUGAGCAGGGCACUGUCCAGUCACGCUGCAUCAAGGAGAACAACACGGGACGCAACCAUAGGGCUCACCCUGCAGAACAGGGUGUAUCUGAUGGCUCCACAAGCUCCCUGCUGAGACUGCAGACACUGGGCCGGCCUCUGCGGCACUCAGUCAGUGGCAGUCUAGAUCACGAUAAGGACACUUCCCUGUCUUUUUAUGAGUUUGAUCUGCGGCCUCCCUCUCCAAUUGACCUGACCCGCAGCAUUGAUGAGGCUCUGCACAGGGAACACCUGCUCGGAGGAGGCAGCCUGUUUCAUCCUUUAAACCAAACAUUACUAUCCCCAUCCCCCAGCUGUGGGGUCAACCAGGGGCCCUGGCUCCGCAGGAACAGUGAUCCUCAGCUGCUGUCUGAGAGUAGCGAGGCCCUGACAGAGUCUUCCAUGCCACUGGGGGGAAGCAUACUCAGCAGUGUACCAAGCAGGCAGGUGACUGCUCCCCCUACACCUUCCCAUCAGGGACACAGGUUUGCUGGGGACGGGCUGGGAAAUGUCCCUUCAUCAGUGUCCUGCCCUGUAUCACUUCAUCCCUCGAGAACAUCAACAGAACAUCUCGGGGAGGAUGGAGUGGAUGACACACGGCCAUUCAUCACUCCGGACUCAGAGAGAGUGAGGGGGAGGGCUGGGAGGCCAGUGGGGUCACGGAGUUACCUAGAGGUCAGCCGACAUGAUGACUCUGCCAGUGUCAGCAGUGAAAUUAUUGAUUUAUGAACAUGGACAUGAGGCCCAGUAACCACACACCAGACACACCCAUUUAACAAAUGCUGUUCCAAACCAAGACUUCAACAAAAAUGAUUAUUGAAAUAAAAGUAAAUUAUUUUUAGAAAAAGGAAAAUAUAAAUAAGAGGAUCUGGGUGAUUAACUUAAAGGAUGUCACCUAGUUGCCUUAAUGGUUUAGCAACAGCACAGAUAAACAACACAGAACACUUACAACCAUCUCCAUCCUGUUCUCACAUGUACAGUAGCACCAUGUCUUCCUUGUCAUGUUUUUCUCUCAAACACACUCACCUGCAUAACUCUGCUGUAACUGUGAUCAUGCACGCAAUCCAGCAGGUUUGUGAUCGGUGUGAAAUUUGGGACGGUGAUGAAUUUCAUCUUCACAUAAUGUAAAAAAUGAUCAAAAUAGGUUUAGAUCAUGAAUUCUGUCUGAAAAAGGUAUUUCACACCCCUGAGCGCGUCAAACUGAAAGUGUGAGGUGUGAAACUAACAUGGCUAUACGCCUGUAGGUCCCAUUUCUUCUGUUUCUGUGAUAAAAUGUCUGCAUAUCAACAGCUGUGAAUUUCAUUGCUUUCAUAGAGUUUAUGUGCUGUCUUCCAUAUUUUCAUUUGCUUUGUGAUGUAAAGAUGUGCCAUACAUACAGUAAUCUUAGUUGGUUCCAUGUUAUUUUUAACGGUAAACCCAUUAUAGCAUUUUACCAGUAUCAUGGUGACUCAGCUCUGGAUUACUACUUCUAAGCUCUUAACAUGCUGCUGCUGUUAUUGUACAGUCUGGCUGCCCUAUGUUAAUGUGAAGCUGGUUGCAUAAAGAGGCAGGCAGUAAACAACAGCCAGUAAUACACAGAGUCUUGCUUACAAGUGAAACCUUAGCUAACACCUUUAGCUGUUGCUGAAAUUGUCCAUUUCAUCUUGUCCUUUUGCUGUAGAACAAAGCUUUUGCAGUUAAUAAUUAUGUACAAUUGAAGCCUCUGACUGCAUUUUUACAUAAUCUGACUAUGGAUAUUCAAUAUAAUCAUGAUCCUAUCAGUUGCAAUUAAUCAAUUCAUACAGUUUGAUCUCAUAUCUAAUGAAAUGCUACUUAGCUUUAUUGGGCUGCAACACACAAGACUGGCUUGGCAUGACCCUCAGAACUCUUAUACUAGACCUAGGUCAAUAACAGAGCAUUUAACUGUAAGCCUGAACACAAGACUGAAGUAUUUUACUAUUCAAGAGAAAAAUAUCUUUCGAAUAUGAAAUGUAUAAGCAACAAUGUAAAUAGUUAUUUUUGAUGUUAAUGAAUAAAGGUGUAUUUGAAGCAUUGUUGUAGUGGUUACUGUGAAAGACAAUCUGAAGUGGUAUUACUUAUGUGUCUGAGCUGUAUACACUGUUUUGAUAUGCUGACAUCAGAUUUUCACCUGUUCAGGACACACAGAGCUGUGACAGUUGUUACUUGGCUGAUAAGUUUAUGUCAAGGGUUUUCUGGGCUGUGCUCAGGAAUGUCAUAAUGGUGAUGGUUGUAUAAGUAAUGGCCAGGGUCUGCAGGAUUUUUAGUUCAACUUUGUCAUAAAAUCACAAAUGUAUUGACAGAGCUGUAUCGUCACAUUUAGUGUACAAAUUCAAAUGAAACAGUUUGGUAAUCUUGAAUAUAGCCCAGUGGUUCCAUUCCAUCUUACAUUUGAAAUGACAUACUAUAAAAAAAAAAGAGUUACUCUGACUGAUUGACUUCCUUAUCUUGGGAUGCCGCUUUAAUGAAUAAAACCUAAUUUAUUCCCCUGUUCCUGUUGAGAGCCAGCUCUGACUUGUUUUCCACUACUUAAGGGUGAUGUUCAGUAGCUCCCAGUGCAAUAAGAUGCUCGACUUGUUUCGUAUUUACAGUACAAUGGCCAUGUGUUGUCUACAUUCCAACCAACCUGUAAGAUCUCGCUGUUACAUCUUUGACUUAAUGACCAGGGUGGAACCUCCAACACCCUUAGUGUUGCCCCCUCCACAAAUCGGUAUGUGCCAUAGAAAGUACAGUCAGUGUGCUCCCUCUAGUCUGUUGUCUCAGUGCAUAAAUAGAUUGAUAGUUUAUUUUAUUCAUUGAAAUUGUUCUUGUAUUUCUUGCUGCAUUUUGUGU